AUGACGGACGAAGAAUUGGCGAUGUUCAGACAAUUGAAGGUGUCUUCCUCACAGCCUCCAGCCGAUCAAGAGGCGUUAUCGUCUUUCUCAGCCUCAUUUGUCCAAACAGGACCCCAGUACUUGGAAGAGACCAUUGAGAAAGUCAAGCUAAUUCAAGCAAGAAUGAAAGCUGCUCAAGAUCGUCAGAAGUCAUAUGCGGAUGUAGGACGGAAACCAGCAGAAUUUCAAGUGGGAGAAAGAGUUCUUCUAAGAGUAUCACCAACCAAAGGAGUCAUGCGAUUUGGGAAGAAGGGUAAGCUAAGUCCAAGAUUUAUUGGUCCGUAUGAAAUCUUGGAUAGGAUUGGUCAAGUAGCUUACCGGUUGGCCUUACCUAUGGAAUUGGAUAAGGUACAUGAUGUAUUCCAUGUGUCUCAACUGAAGAAGUACAUUCAUGAUGCUUCGCAUGUGAUCAACCCUGAGGUGGUGGAGAUGGAUGAAUCUCUCUCGUAUGAGGAAAAGCCAGUAAAGAUAUUGGAUUCUAAAACCCGUGAUACCCGAAGGAAAUCCAUACAGCUUGUGAAAGUAUUGUGGUCCAACCACUUAGCUGAGGAAGCUACGUGGGAAGUUGAGGAGGAUAUGAGAAAUCGAUAUCCGGAGUUGUUUGCUUCAGGUAAUAGUCAAUUAGUAACUAUGCCUCCAAGAAGAUCCGUGGAAAGCCAAAGUACUCGAGGGGAUGAUAUUCCCACUAAUGCUGAGUUGGCUCAGGCUGUGAGACAGCUAGCUCAGUUGACCCAGGCAAUUGGAGAUCGAAUGCUCCAAAAUCCUCAAGGGAAUGGAAACGGGAACGAUAUGGCUAAGUUAGUGGCUGGGCGAAACCCUCCCAUUUUCUUAGGACAAUAA